AUGUCGAACAACGCAGAGCUCCAACAAGUCAGCAUCUUCGAUGUCAAGGACAAGAUUGCCCUCGUCACUGGCGGAGGAUCAGGCAUUGGUCUGAUGAUCACACAGACCCUUGCUGUCAACGGCGUCAAGGUCUAUAUCGUCGGCAGGACAGAGGAGAAGCUUGAGAAGGUUGUUGAGGUCCAUGGCAAGAAUAUCUCAGGGCAGAUCAUCCCUAUUGUUGGCGAUGUACAAACAAAGGAUGGUGUGCUGAAGAUUCUAAACGAGAUCGAGUCGAAGGAGAAGUACCUGGACAUCCUUGUCAACAACGCCGGCAUUGCGUACGGCAAGACCAGCACAAAGGUCGAUAGCGCCGAGGAGUUCUCAAAGAACAUGUUCGGCGAGACGAGCGAGAAGGAGUGGCUUGACACCUAUCAGACCAACGUUGUCGGGCCCUUCCUCAUGGGCACCGCCUUCCUCCCUCUUCUUGCAAAGGGCACUGCGCAGACGCACGGCUGGUCAUCCACAAUCGUCAACAUCUCUUCCAUCUCGGGUCACGUCCGCAUCUCGCAAGACCACUUCUCUUACAACGCCAGCAAGGGCGCCACAAUCCACGUCAACAAAAUGCUCGCAACCGAGAUCGCGAAGAACGGUAUCAAGGUCCGCGUCAACAGCAUCGCCCCAGGUGUCUUCCCUAGCGAGAUGACUACUCAGGAGAGCCGCGACGACAACCAGAAGUCUGUGAUGCCCAAGGAGAAGAAGGAGGGUCUUCCUGCUCAGCGCCCCGGAAAGGAUACCGAUAUGGCUCAGUCGAUCAUGUUCGUUACCACCUGCCAGUACCUAAACGGGCAGACGAUUACCGUCGACGGAGGCUACUCGAUGCAAGCGGGUAACUAA